CGAGAACCAGGAGAGAAAAUGGGAAUUGUUUGCCCAAUCAUUUCAUCCCAAACCCGCUUCGUCAUUUCUCAUCCUUCCCAUGUCAUUCUCUGCCCGCAAAUCCCAAUCAAAUUCAAUUCCAAGACCCAUCUUCUGAUAUAAAAGGACCGAGCCAAGAAUCAAGAUUUCAUAUAUAAUGCCGUAUUUCAGUGCAAACUUCGCCACUAAACUGCCCCAUGGCUUUGUUCACAACAGAAGGAACAAUUUCUUGCCCGCCAAUGUAGAAAAUUCCUUCCUUUUGAUCUUAGGCAGCAAGAGAAGUCUGGUAAAUUCAAAUUCCUCAAGGCCCAGUGUUUCCUUUUCCAAUCAAACUGAUACAAUGGAGGGGCAGACCCAGUUGGCGCUGAGUUCCUCUGUGCCAGAGAAGUAUUCCAAGGAAUUGGAAGUGGCUGUCAGAGCCGUACACAUGGCCUGUUUGCUCUGUCAGACAGUUCAGGACAGUUUGGUUUCCGGAAGCCAUGGCCAUCUGCAGUCCAAGGAUGACAAUUCCCCUGUCACAGUUGCCGAUUGGAGUGUUCAAGCAACUGUGAGCUGGAUACUGUCUGAAACUUUCAGGAACCAAAACGUAUCGAUUGUUGCUGAGGAAGAUGUUGAAGCACUCUCCAAAGCUGAUUCAGCCGGCUUACAAGAAACUAUUGUGAAGACAGUGAACCAAUGUCUAGCAGAGGCACCUAGAUUUGGCCUUCAAGGUCCAGUCAUGGCUCUUGGAACUUCAGAGGUACUCGAGGCCAUUAGACGGUGUAACUCUACUGGGGGCCCUAUUGGAAGAUUUUGGGUGCUUGAUCCCAUCGAUGGCACGUUGGGGUUUGUCCGCGGGGAUCAGUAUGCUGUUGCUCUGGCAUUGAUAGAAGAUGGAGAAGUUGUGCUUGGCGUUCUUGGCUGCCCCAACUAUCCAAUGAAGAAAGAAUGGCUGAGUUACCAUUAUCGCUACCAUAAGCUCAUAUCUAAGUUGGCUCCUCCAAGCUCUAAGACAUGGGACAAAGGCUGUGUGAUUUAUGCCAAGGAAGGUGGUGGCAAGGCAUGGAUGCAACCAUUGCUCCCUGCAGAUAAGAAGUUUGUGUGGCCAAACCACGCGAGGCAAAUUCAAGUCUCAACGAUAGAUAACCCAGCAUUGGCUACCUUUUGUGAACCAGUUGAAAAGGCAAAUUCAAGCCAUUCCUUCACAGCAGGAUUAGCCCACAGUGUUGGGCUCAGGAACCAACCAUUACGGGUGUACAGCAUGGUGAAAUACGCAGCCAUAGCGCGGGGACACGCCGAGGUUUUCAUGAAAUUUGCUCGCUCGGGUUAUAAGGAGAAGAUAUGGGAUCAUGCAGCGGGUGUUCUUAUCAUUCAAGAGGCCGGGGGCGUGGUAACUGAUGCAGGAGGCCGGCUCUUGGACUUCUCCAAAGGCAUAUAUUUAGAAGGGCUCGACCGCGGUGUAAUUGCUUGCUCUGGAGCCAAACUACACGAGAAGAUUAUCAGAGCUGUAGAUGCUAGCUGGAACUCCUCCAGCCUCUGAUCUAUAUAUACAUGCUUCUUCAAUUCUGUCUGCCAUUUGCUACUGCUACUGUAAUAAGGUUUUAUGUUCAGUUUGAAAUAUAUCAUUCCUGUUAACUGCUUCAACUGUCCAUAUUGGUAAAGUCGACCGGCCGUUAAUUCU